AAAUAAUCCCCCAUUACUUAACUGCUCUCAGGUGAUUAAAAAUGAUGCCUAUUUCCCCAUUCAAUCUAUACACAGCCUCAAUUACCUUUUUGUUUGCCCUCCCAAUUAUGCAUCGCAUCGCGUCGCAUCGCCCUCACUUUACUUACUUACUCCCUCUCUUCCACCGUCUACAUACUCCUCUACUUAAUCUCAAGCGGUCAACUAACACCCAUACCCAACACCUCAACCCCCUCUAGACAAAAACAAGAAUAACAAAAGAAAACAAACAUGACAACCACCACAUCAACAUCAACAACAACAACAACAACCCCAGCCAAAAAGCCCAAGACCAAACCCCAAACAUCCCAACCCGAAACCCCCUUAGACCUCAGCGCUAACUUCGCCAACAACCGCAAAGUCCCCGUGGGCUACGACCAUGAAGUCUACCUCCAGUUAACGGCAGGAAGGAACGCCGAAAAGACGCAAAAUCAAGUGUAUCGGGAGGUAAGGCUUUUUUUUUUUUUUUUGUUGAAUUCUCUUACUUUCUUUUCUUUUCUUUU